CCGAAUGCUCUCAGCCAAUCGAAAGGGAUCCCAUUAAACGCUCGUGUUCACGCGUCUCCUCUAAUGGACCUGUUAAAGAGCUCAAGCACACCUUCAUCCACUGAUAUCUGACCGCAGCGCCUCAGAUCCGACCAGAAGCUGCCUUCACUUUCUGUGUCUUGCUUUGUAAGAGAAUACAGAAAUAAGAUAUCAGAAAUACUACUGGAAAUUGGAAAAUGCUUGAAUAUCAGGAGUCCGCAGUGAAAGCAACAUCAGGUCAUCGGAUUUCCUUUUCGAUUGUUGACAUACUGGAUCCUAAAAAGUUCUCAAGUAAAAAAUCGCAUGCUGUGUUGGAGAAAGAACGGACGUCAUCUUCAGGUGACGCGGAAUUGGGAAGUUUGAAGGAACGGCGCAACGGAAAAGAAAGUACUGAGCUUUCAAUCUGCAAAAACAUAGGUGAUCAAUCAACUGAUGACCAUCAAAGUUGCGUCAGACUCCAUCCUCCUGAUCCAGAUGUUGACUUGGACUCAUCAGCCUCGCUCAGAAAUGUAAGAUCGGGCUUUUCUUGUGAAGAAGCGGAGGCAGGAGAAGAGAGGAUCACUCCAGCGCCGGAUGAUCUGUCGCGUGAGCGGCGGCGUCGGUCAGAUCACAGCUGCGCGAAGCCGCGGCGCGCCAGAACCGCGUUCACGUACGAACAGCUGGUGGCCCUGGAGAACAAAUUCCACACUACGCGUUAUUUAUCCGUGUGCGAGCGCCUAAAUCUCGCGCUGUCUCUGAGCCUGACCGAAACCCAAGUCAAGAUUUGGUUCCAGAACCGAAGAACCAAGUGGAAAAAGCAGAACCCUGGUGCUGAGAGUUCCCUGCAAUCCGCCACGAACUCUCUAUCCAACAUCAGCCCGACCUGUGGGUCCACAUCUGCCCUCCACCCUCCAUUCAGCACCGGGAACGUCUUCUUUCAUUCUGGUCCGGUGCACCUGGCAUCUUCCGGUGGGCUUUUCAAUCCGUUUUUGCCCGAUGGUUUUCUCCAGCCAGCAUUCUUCCCCCCACACUUAUGAAAUCUGGAAGCAGGAAUGAUCGUAGACUACGUGUAAAUGUGAAUUCAUAAAGUGGAUUACUUGUUCAGUGGUCCCCAGCAGGAUGGGAUUGGCUUUGGCUUGAUGUAUAAUAAUUGAUUAGGCCUAAAAAUAUUUAUAGCUUUUUUCCUUGAUAGUUAAGAUGGAUCCAACUCCAAGAUGGGCCUCAAGAAUGAUAAAUCUGAAAGAUCUGCUCACACAAACGCAAUAGAUAAUCUGAGAAUCAAAUCAUGGACUGGCCCACACUGGCAACUGGAUUGUAUAUAUUUAUUUUUAUUUUGUAUAUAUAGUUUGUGUAAACAGUUUGAUACAUUACUGUGGAUUAAUAGCAUCAAAAACUUUAAGUAACUUGGAUUUAAAGAUAUUAGCUACAGUAUGUAGAACCACGCUAAUAUCAUCAGUAACAAUAAAAUGUGAAUGAAGGUAUUUUCUUUCUUUUUUUCCUUUUUUAUCAGACGGAUAUAGACAACGUGUAUCGAUCACCCUGAAUGUCUAUAAUAAACAGUAGAUUAUUUAUUUUGUCUACA